GUGCAAGAUCUGAAGGAGAAUGUGGACAGGAGGUUCGAUGAACUGAAGGAGGAUGUGGACACGAGGUUCAAUGAACUGAAGGAGGAUGUGGACACGAGGUUCAAUGAACUGCAGAGCAACGUAACCGCGUUGCAGAGCGACGUAACCGAGUUGAAGAGCGACGUAUCCGAGUUGAAGAGCGACGUAUCCGAGUUGAAGAGCGACGUAUCCGAGUUGAAGAGCGGCGUAUCUGCUUUG